AUGACACAAAUUCAGGACGCAUUUACGGUGAUGUACUACGAUUGCAGAGUUGCCCUGGCCAAGAUGUUCAUGGCCAAAGUGAAGCUCCUGUCGACAGUGGGUCGAGAGCUCGAGAAGCUUUACGUUCUCCGAUCAAUCAGGGGUCCCAACACCGAACCAAGGAUGUUCUACAAUUCGAAACUUUCAAACUUUGACCUAGGAGGAUUUCACAAACUAGCAAAUGAACUUGACGACCGCAACAAUCAACUGCCAAAACCUUGUCAAAUACAGCAGAGGGCGAAUCUUGAUUGGCCCAACGCGCCAUUUCUUCAUCUACACCGAGUCUAUCUCAGGAUGGUGUUCUUGCUAGUUCUCGAAGCUCUACACCGUCCCUUGAGCCUGUCAGGCGGACGACUGAGUUUGUCAGUAUGA